AUGAUGAAUCUCCCUACUUCAACUCCAUCUUCUUAUGGAAACAUCUCAUCACAAAACGUUUAUGAUCCAUCUUCUUACUCCUUCACCGAUUGCCUCCAAAGUUCUCCGGGAACGUACGAAUCGAUACUCCAAAAAAAGUUUGGUCUCUCUCCCUCUUCCUCAGAGGUUUUCAACUCUUCGAUCGAUCAAGAAUCGAACCGCAAUGUUUCUAGUGAUGUAAUCGGUGAGACUCCAGCUAGGGUUUCUGCAUCUUCUUCCUCUAGUGAGGCUGAUCAUCCGGGAGAAGAUUCCGGUAAGAGCCAGAGGAAACGAGAGUUAGUUGGAGAUGGAGAAGAAGAUCAAAGUUACAAAAAAGUAGGGAAAACAAAAAAGAAAGAGGAGAAGAAGCAAAGAGAGCCACGAGUCUCGUUUAUGACUAAAAGCGAAGUUGAUCAUCUUGAGGAUGGUUAUAGAUGGAGAAAAUACGGCCAAAAGGCCGUCAAGAACAGCCCUUAUCCAAGGAGCUACUAUAGAUGCACAACGCAAAGGUGCAACGUUAAGAAACGGGUGGAGAGAUCGUUCCAAGAUCCAACGGUUGUGAUUACAACUUACGAGGGUCAACACAACCAUCCGAUUCCGACUAAUCUCCGAGGAAGUUCCGCCGCGGCUGCUAUGUACCCCGCCGACUUCAUGGCUCCGAGAAGCUUUACACAUGAUAUGUUUCGGACGUCAGCUUAUACUAGCGGCGGUGCUGCGGCCGCAGCUUUAUCGGAUUACGGAUAUGGACAGAUUGGAAAUGGUAGUGUGGAUGCAAACCCUAGUUCCCAUCAAGAGUAUCGCCAAGGAGGUGAAUAUGAGCUCUUGAAGGAGAUUUUUCCUUCUAUUUUCUUCAAGCAAGAGCCUUGA